GCUACCAACCUAGUCAUCAUGUCUGAGCAGCAAGUCUCAGAUAUCCUGUUCCAAUCCAAUGUCAAGCGUCCUAUAGCAGAUUAUGUUCCAAGCUUCUGGGGGGACCUGUUCCUUAACUACGAUUUUGAUGAAAUGGCUCAUGAUCGUAGAAAACAAAGGCUUGAGGAAUUGAAAGAAGAAGUAAGAAGGGAGUUGUUGGCCUAUGCUGAUCAUCCUUUAAAGCAAAUGAGCUUAAUUGAUGUAAUCCAAUGCCUAGAUGUUGGAUACCACUUUGAGACGAUAGAGGAAGCACUACGAGGCGUAUAUAUAUUAUAUACUAGCAAUCAUUAUAAUCAUGAGGAUGAAAAUCUUUACAACGUAUCCCUUUUCUUUCGCAUACUAAGACAAAAUGGUUUUAAAGUUUCCUCUGAAAUAUUCAACAAGUUUAAAGAUGGAAAAGGAAACUUCAGGGAAAGCAGCUCAGUCAGUGAUGUGGGUGGGAUGCUAGAGCUGUAUGAGGCUGCGCAGCUGAGGGUACGCGGUGAAGAUAUUCUAGAUGAGGCCCUUGACUUUACUACCACUCAGCUUGAGGCUGUAUUACCCUCUAUAAAGGAAUAUCCUUUGGCCGAGAAAAUAAGCCAUGCCCUUAAGCAGAAACUGCGACAGGGCAUACCAAGGUUAGAGGCCAAGCAUUACAUUUCCAUCUACCAACACAUGCCUUCCUAUAAUGAAGCUUUAUUAAAGCUUGCAAAGUUGAAUUUCAAUCUUGUUCAGUCACUGCACAGAAAGGAGCUCAGCAGUCUCUCAAGGUGGUGGAAAGAUUUAGGAUUAGCUGCAAAGCUGUCUUUUGCAAGAGACGGACUUGUGGAGUGCUACUUUUGGUCUGUUGCUGUGUAUUUUGAACCCAACUACUCCCUUGCUAGAAGUAUCCUAACAAAAAUGAUUGCCAUCACAACUGUCAUUGAUGAUGUUUAUGAUGCAUUUGGAACACUUGAGGAACUCACUGUCUUCACCGAUGCAAUUGAGAGGUGGGAUGUUAAUUGCAUGGACCAACUUCCAAAAUACAUGCAAAUAUGUUAUCAGGCACUUUUGGACUUUUUCAAAGAAAUUGAGGAUGAAAUGGCGAAGCAAGGAAGAACAUAUCGAUUUCUCUAUGCAAAAGAAGCGAUGAAAACUCUGCUUCGAGGCUACUUCAAAGAAGCUCAGUGGUUCAAUGCGAAAUACAUACCCACUGUGGAGGAGCAUCUGAAACUUGCACUUGUAACUUGCACCUAUCAUACGCUCAUAACUCUAUCUUUCAUUGGUAUGGAUGAAACUGUGACUAAAGAGACAUUUGAAUGGAGACAAGGACCCGAAAUAGUGAGAGCGUCAUCAAUCAUCUCGAGGUUCAUGGAUGAUAUAGUUGGACAUAAGUUUGAACAAAAGAGAAGGCACGUGGCAUCAGGUGUUGAAUGCCACGUGAAGCAUCGUGGGAUGUCAGAGGAAGAGGUUUAUGAGUUGUUUACGAAAGAAAUUGUGAAUGCUUGGAAGGACAUGAACGAAGAGUUGCUGAGACCUACUGAAAUGCCAACGACAAUACUGAUGCGGCCGUUUAAUUUUGCGAGAGUGAUGGACGUGCUUUACAAGGAGGAAGAUAACUUCACACAUGUUGGACAGGCUCUCAAGGAAUCUGUUACUUCCUUGCUCAUUGAUCCAAUUCCAAAUGAAUAA